AUGGCCAUGCUUCGCCAAGCUUCCUUCUUCUACUUCCUGGCCCUUUUCAUGGCUGCUUGUGGCCUCUUUGCAGGCGGAAGCAUGGCUCAGAUGAGCCACAUGUUGUCCGGCGAUGUUCUAAAAACUGGUCAGAAUAUAUCGAAUCCACUUUACACCUUAGUGAUGCAAGCGGACUGCAACCUUGCCCUCUACCGCAGCCCCUCCGUUUUUGUCUGGAGCACCGGCACCAACGGCAAAGGCAGUGGAUGCGAACUCUGGUUGAAGACCGACGGCAACCUCGUCAUCAACGACAAGGAUGAGAAGCUCAUUUGGCAAACUGGAACAAACGGAACAGUUGGUCACUAUGUUCUUCUCCUGCAACGCGAUCGCAAUCUUGUCAUCUACAGCGUACCGGCCUGGGAUUCUGGGACGGGAACAAGGCCAAAGCUUAAAAUCAAGUACAGCAACAUCGAAGCCUCAGCUAGUUCCACAGGUGUAAGCACAGCUCCGACGAACCAGUUGUUGCCAGGCGAUAUACUGAAAACUGGUCAAAAAAUAUCGAAUGCAAAUUACACAUUACUGAUGCAACCUGACUGCAACCUCGUCCUCUAUGGCAGCUCGUCGCAAGCAAUAUGGUACACCCAUACGAACGAUAAAGGCAGCGAAUGUGAGCUGCGGCUACAGACCGACGGCAACCUCGCCAUCCACGACAAGGACGGGAAGCUUAUUUGGCAAACUGCAACGAACGGAACGAUUGGUAAUUAUGUGCUUCUCAUGCAACGUGAUCAUAAUGUUGUUCUUUACGGCAAACCGAUAUGGGAUUCUGGGACGGGAUCAGUUCGAGUUCCUCCUACCACAUAUUAG